CUAUCGUUCAAAUUGUGUGAAAGACAAGCGGGAAUCGUUGACCAGCAGUGGCAUGAUUUUCAGUAUAAAAUUGGAGUAAAUUUGUCUGAUAAUAUAAUCUAUUGCAUGCACAGAAAAGGAAUGACAACAAUGAGAUCAGUUAAGUUAAAUGCUGGUUGAAGUCUAGAUGUAAAGAUGUCAAGACAGUUUAUAUGGACAUAGAGGAAACAGUUGCUAACCAUGGCACAGGCAGAUUCAGAAAGUGAUGGCCAGAGUAUGUUAUUAGUCAUACCACCACCACCCGGAAGUGGACAGCAAAAUGAUAUUGGUGACUUUUCUCUCCAACCGGGUACACAUGACUUAGAGCAGGGAAUUCAGUUUGUCCCAAUUGAAGAAGACACUGAUUCUGAUGUCACUGUCACUGAUAGUGAAGAGGAUAAUGAAGUGGUUAUUACCAGUGUGACGGGAAAUGCCACAGAGACAAAUGGUGGCGAAUCUGAUACAUCUGAAGUGGUUGUUGUUGAAGAAGUAGAAGAUAUGGCAGUAGUAGAAGUUUCCCCACAUGCAAAUACGUCAAUGACGGAUUUCAAAAGCCCAAAAAAGGUUUCUGCCUCAGCUGCUGGUAGCAUGGCCAGUGUCAACCCUGGGACAUCGACAGCUGAGGAGGAGGAUGGCGAUUCAGAGUGCUGCCCAAUAUGUUUAGAAGAAUGGACUACAUCUGGAGAUCAUCGGCUAGCUUCUCUUAAAUGUGGUCAUUUAUUUGGGCACAGUUGCAUAGACAAAUGGUUGAAGGGACAGGGAGGUAAAUGUCCACAGUGCAAUGCUAAAGCUAAGAAGGCUGACAUCCGGAUUAUUUAUGCAAGGGCACUAAAGGCUGUUGACACAUCAGACAGAGACCGUGCCCUUAAAGAGUUGGAGUUGGAAAAAGAGGCUAGAAGAAAAGCAGAGUUAAGUGCUGCACAGAUGAAGAUGCAGUAUCAGAAUACAAUAGCAGAGUGCAAUAGAAUGCGUGAAGAGAUAGAGAGACAGAGGCAGCAACUUCAGUCAGUCAGGACAUUACAGCCACAGGCAAACCACAACAUUUCAAGUUCACAAGGACAGUCAAGUCAGAACAAUGGCAUGUUUGUACUGGAGAAAACUAUCAAAAUAUGGGAGGCUGGUGGUUGCAGAGUCAUGGCCCACUGUGACAGUCAAGGCAUUCUAGUGGUAUCCCAGCCCACAGCUAGUCCUCUUUUUCCUGGGUUUGGGAUAAAAAAGAUAAGCACUUUUGACUUGAAAACAUCCCAGUAUGUGGCAAUACACAACAAAGCUAUCCGCGAUGUAUCAUUCAAGCCCCAGUCACGAGAUAGCUUACUGCUGAGUUGUUCUGUGGACAAGACUGUAAAGAUGACCAGUUUAAUCAGCAACACUGUUGUACAGACGUACACUUCUCCAGCACCAUUCUGGAGCUGCGUAUGGAGCCAGGAUCCAUAUUAUUUCUUUGCUGGCAAACAGAAUGGCUCUGUGGUCAUGUUUGAUAUUCGCAAAAGCACUGAACAGCUUGAAAAUUUCAAUUUAAAUGGAUCAAGGUCACCUGUGGUGUCAUUGCAAUAUGUUCCCACGGAUUCAAACUCCUCAUUCAGCCUGGGUGGCCUGCUAGUAGGGCAACUUGAUAAGACAUUCUUUUAUGAGAAGAGAGAGGGCACAGAUUUCAAACUGCAUGUGAUGCCAGUAGAAGGUAGUUUAACGUGUUUAACAUUUGAGCCUUGUACUCGCCAUGUUCUGGUCAGUCUCCGGCCCACUAGCAAACAUCCUUCAGUGAGACACCAGAUGUACGAGCUGACCACAACCAAUAUAAGUCAGGACCCCAGCCAGAUAGACAAUGUAUGCAGUGGGAACCUGGUCCAGACCUUCCAUGGAGGGAAUACUAUGAAGAUGCUGGCCAGAGGGAGGUUGUUUCCACACCCUGGCAGAAAGGGGAAGCUACUGGCUUGUGUGGGCGAUGAGGGGACAGUCUCUGCUCAAGUGUGGGAUGCAGGCACAGGUUUGGUCACCCAAAAACUCCCCUCUACUGGACCUGUUCUAGAUGUAUGCACUUUCAUGGCAAAUGGACAACAAUAUCUGGCUACUCUCACUGAAAAACUGAUCAAAGUUCAUAAGUGGAGCUAGUAGAAAGUUUUUCGUGUUAUAUUCAGUUCCUAUGUUUAACUUUCAUGAGAACAUGGAGUCUUUAAAAAAAAGAAAUGAUCCUUGCAAAUUGUUGUCAGAGUUAUGGGUUGUUCAACAGGCUUUGUAGAGAGCUGGUCAUUAAAUCAUGCAUUCUAUCCAAUACAUCAUGCCUUUCUCUACUGCAUGUAUAUAUGUUCGUAAAAUAUUAAUUCUUAAUGGGUUUCAUAAGUGUGAAAGAGAAAUGUAUGGGGAUAUAUGAUCUCUAUUUUUAUACUUGUGCAUGUAAUAUAACCUAUCAAAUCAGUGUUGAUGAAGAAUUCUACUUUAAACUUAAUUAAUAGUUUAAAAAUGAACAGUUGCUUUAAGCACUUUGAAGGUGGUAUAACAUAAAAACAAUGUUUGUGCAAAAAAAGAAUUAGUUUUAUUAGAUUUGUAAAUAUUUAUAUUAUAAGAAAAAUGCAAAAACACUUGACUGAAAACUUAUUUCAUACACACAUAAAUUUAUGAAAACGUGCAUAUAUUAAAUGUAUAACAGUAGUAUGUAGGCAUACUAUUGUAACAUUGCAGUCUAUAGGCACAUCACAGCAUUUCAAAAAAUAAAUAUGUUAACAAGUCCAUAAUUAAACAUUGCAAAACAUAAACACAUUGCUUACAUGGAUACAGGAAAGAGGCAUGAAACAGCAAGGAUAGUUACUGGACUGACAGUAU